CUGAGUCAGCAUUAGCUAAAUUUUCCAGAAAACCAUCCAGAAAGUACAGCCUGGGCGUUCAGGGGAUGUCGUUAAUUUCCCUCAGUGACCUUGACAAGUCAGAAGCUUGAAAGCGGGGAAAUCCGGAUGUCUCACUUAUGAAGUGGAGCAGUGGAGGCUGUAGCAUAUUUCCAGAAGUCUCCAUCAAGGCUGCUGAUUGAGUGUCUGCCUCCGUUACUGCCAGUGGCCAUCUGAGGUGCUUCCCUGGCUCUGAAGUGGUUGGCACAAUGUCCAAGUGCUUCAGUCUGGUUCUGCUUCUUGCCUCCAUCUGGACCACAAGGCUCCUGGUCCAAGGCGCUCUCCAUUUAGAAGAUAUUUCCAUCUUGGGGCCAUGCAGAAUUGUGGGGAUCACCCUUGUGGGCAAAAAGACAGACAAACAACUGGAUUUCACAGAUGCCAAGGAGGCCUGUAGGCUGCUGGGACUAACUUUGGCCAGCAAAGCCCAAGUUGAAGCAGCAUGGAGGUCUGGUUUUGAGACUUGCAGCUAUGGAUGGGUUGAAGACAAGGUCUCUGUUAUCCCUCGGAUUCUCUCAAACCCCAAGUGUGGGAAGAAUGGGAUUGGCGUCCUUGUUUGGAGAGCUUCACUUAGCCAAAAGUUCAAGGCGUACUGUUACAACUCAUCUGAUACUUGGAUUAACUCAUGCUUUCCAGAAAUUAUCGCCACCAAAGAGCCCAUAAUCAGCACUGAAAUGGAAACAUAUACAACAGAAAUUAAUGUCAGUGACAGCACAUACUCAGCAUCAUCCCCUUCUUCCUCUAUACCUGCUCUUACUUCUGCUCCUCCUUUGGCCUCCACUCCACGGAGAAGAAAAUUAAUUUGCAUAACAGAAGCUUUUGUGGAAACUAGUACCAUUUCUACAGAAACUGAAUCACAUAUUGGAGAUCAGGAAGCAUUCAAGAAGCAACCUGCUGAGUUUGGAGGUGUUCCCACGGCUCUCCUAAUACUGGCUCUUCUCUUCUUUGCUGCUGCAGCUGGUCUCGCGGUUUGCUACGUCAAAAGGUAUGUGCCAGCCUUCCCUUUUACAAACAAGAAUCAGCAGAAGGAAAUGAUUGAAACCAAAACAGUGAGGGAGGAGAAGACCAAUGACAGCAUCCCUAAUGAGGAACCAAAGAAAACUGAGAAAAAGCCAGAAGAGCCCCAAAGUCCACCCAGAACUACAGUGCGAUGCCUGGAAGCUGAAGUUUAGAUGAGAGAGAAAUGAGAGAACACACCUGAGGCCAGUUUCUUUCCUGAUGCCUAAGGAUCCUGGCCCAGUUGGGAAAACUAAAAGGGCCAAAGAACCAAAGAAGAAAGUCCAUCUUUGGUUCCUAACUGGAGUCACCUCAGGACUGCCUUUGGACUAUGGAAUUCACCAAAGGGAACUUCCUUUUUAUUAACCGUAAUCCUUUCUGGAUCCUAUCCUUCUACCUCCAAAGCUUCCCACAGCCUUUCUAGCCUGGCUAUGUCCUAAUGAAAUCCCAGUAGGAGAAAGGAACUUGCCAACUUAUGAGGACCUAGAACAGUUAAUCAGUACACAUUUGUAAACAGUCCUCUAAGUUGGCCAGAAAUAGGUGAGUUAAGGGCCGAGAAGCUGUUGAGUCCAAGGCUUUCUCUACUGACUCCAGCCCAGAUCCUUUCUUCAGAUCUGAAAGAGAAACAUUUAUAACACCCUGGCAUGUUCUUCUGAGCCAGGCAAGAGAAAGAAGGAAGAAAAAGUUUAGCAACUGAAGGCCAUGUAGAUUCACAUGGCUUGAGACCUAAUCUCUGUAAAGUCAGAAUAAAUAGAUAAAAAGAACGAGGCCAAGGAUACUGACAGCUUGUUGUCAGCAGGGACAAUAAACACAGACAGGGUAAAAGAAUUCUUUUCUGAAUAGUUUGAAUUGGAAUCACUUCUCUCUCUCUCUCUCUCUCUCUCUCUCCGCUGCUGCUAUUUUCUCUAAAAGAAAUAUUUUUUUACAUGAAACAAACAAAAAAAAUCUCUCUUAAAAAGCUCUAUUUUCAUCUGAGUUACAGGAAUUAUUACUAAGGAAAAUUUCUAUGUUAAAAGGUAAUACAACUUAACAAAUGCUUACUAAGUAUUUUCUAUAUGUCAGAUAGUGUGCAAGGUAUUACAUUCUGUAAUUGAAUGUUGUUCAUUGAGAAAAAUUGUAGAAUGUUUUCUGAAGCUAAUUUUUUUCAGUUUUGAUAUCCCUAGCUUAUCCAUUUCCCAAACUUUUUUUUUUCUGCUGCGACUAAUAUAUUCAUUGUUUUCUCUAAUAUGGUGACCUCUGUAACCUUAAUUUAUUAUUAACAUACCCGAGAAGUGCAUUAUUACCUCUGCAUGCCAAAGUACUUUCUCUAUACCAUUGGCAAGAGCCUGAGAGGGCAGAAAUAAAUGUGCUGAAAAAAUAAAAGCAUUUAGAGAUCUUC